AUGUCAUCCUCCCCCCGGCGGUCCUCCCAAGAGAGCUUCGAAUUCCUGUCGCCAAACAUCAGCCAUAGCCAGUUUCCCUUUCCCCAGCAGCAUGACUGGGCUACCCGCCCCAACUCGACCGGUGGCGGCCGAUAUCAGCCACGUCGCGGUUCCACGUCAAGCUCGAUACACUCGGUGGGAGGAGCGCUGGAUACGGCGUUUAAAGGCAGCAUGGGACCGGUGAGGGAGCAGAGCAAUAAUGCGAUCUCGACGUUGCUUCAGCCACCCAUCGUGCGCACCGGCAUGUUGCCGCAUACCGCACAAACCGCCAUGUCUAGCAGCCACAGGCCGCCUUCUACCAAAGAUAUACCUCCCGUGACCCUAGCAAACAUACCCCACGUCGAACCAUCCGCUUUCAAUCCCUACUUGUCGCAGAUUGGUAAUCUAUACGAAGCUUUUCAGCGCGUAAAAGCCGAGUCAGACGAUGCAGCGUCAAUACUGAGAAAGGACUCUGUCAAGAAAGACGACUUGUCCGAUGCGCUCGAGCGUGGGCUACACGCAGGCUCUCCAGCCGCGACCCCCAAGCUCUCGUCUUCAGCAUUCUCACCGUCUAGUUCGCCAAAAGCGAAACGCCGCACGAGUGGCUCGAAACGCGCGCUACCCACCGUCACACCACUGUCCACGAUCCCUAAUGUCUACUUCGACGAGAACUUCCACCUCGAAAACCCUCGGACCUUUGACGUAGUCAGCGAAAGGUCGGAAGUGGUCAGGCCGGUGCGGAUCAAGAGUGGAGACGAUCUUAAGGACGGCAAUGGGUCACUCGAAGCGCCUCAACCACCUGGGCGCAAGGCGCUUGCCACGAACGCGAUUCUGCAGGAGAAGUUGUCGUGGUACAUGGACACUGUUGAAGUGCAUCUGAUAUCGUCGAUAUCUACCGCAUCGACCUCCUUCUUCGCCGCCUUGGGUUCAUUGAGAGAGCUUCAGUCGGAGGCUUCCGAGUCUGUAGAGAGGAUCAAGACCCUGCGAGGUGAUCUCAAACGGCUGGACGAUCAAAUGGCAAUAGGCGGCUUGAAGAUUGUAGACAUGAAACGGCGGCGGGAGAAUCUCCGGAAGCUCACGCACGCCACCGACCAGCUGCAAGCUGUCAUUACUGGACUCUCUGUAUGCGAUGAGACCGUGGACAAGGGCGCACUUGAGUCGGCCAUGAUUCGCUUGGACUCUAUCGAGAGGCUGAUUUGUGGCACGCUAGAUACUACCGAUAUAACCGCCACUGCUUGGAUACAACCGCCAUGUCCUCGUGCUAUCGUAGAUCUUCGCAAUCUGCGAGCCCUUGAUGGUGUAUCUGAAGGCAUACAGCAGUUGAGGUUUCGCAUUGGAAAGGGCUUCGAACAGCGAUUCGUGGAAACUCUGCGCACGGAUCUGCGUGAGCACGUCGAGCGCACAUCAAGGCGUGAUACGCUGGAAAGAUGGGCAAAGACAUCACUAAGAGGUCGUGGCGAUCAUCAACGAUUCAAAUCGACCCUACCGGCGUAUCUAAACACUAGCAACAAAUUCCGGUCGGACUUGCGUGCGGAUCUCGUUGGUUUGAGUGGUUCCAAUUUCACCAACCAAGCUAGUGCUACCUUCCGAGACGCCAUCGUGCGCGAGAUGAAGUUGUUGAUUCGAAAAUAUCUGCCAAGUUCUACCGACGACGAUGCUGAGUCCAUGACCUCCGUUUCCACGCGGGGCGGUCGGGGCUACAGUCAGCAAGAUAAAAACUCGAUUUUGGCUCGGAAUCUACGCGCUAUGGAUCCAGCGGACGCGGAGGAGUUUUUCACUGGUAUCUUCACCGACAUCGGCGAAGCCUUGCGCAGAUUAAGCGUACAAGUCAAGGUACUUCUCGAUGUUACGAGUGGCGUUAGUACUCCGCCAGCAUCUAGCGGAGGCCUUCGGUCACCACCACGGAGCCCCUACAUGAGCAGUAUUGACGGUGCUAUGGGAGCUACACCCAAUCCUAUGGACAUGAACGGACUACAAGAGGAGCUGAUGCAAGCACUCGACAUGUCGAGUCUGCUUGGGCAGGCUGUAGAUGCUGCUCAGACACAAGUCACAAAGCUGUUGAAGGUUCGUGCCGAAGUCACGAGCAACUUACCACUAAACCGGUUCCUCCGCUACUUCAACCUUUGUCGGUUAUUCGCCGAUGAAUGUGAAGCCGUAUCUGGUCGAUCUGGUGCGGCCCUAAAGGGUGUCGUAAACACCCACAUCACUGAGUUCGUGUCCAAAUUUGGAGACAACGAGAAACAGGGACUGGCAAAAGCCAUGGACUCUGAUAGAUGGGAACCAAAGGACUUCGAUGAACAUGACAAAGAGGUACUAGCGAGAAUAUUGAAGGGUAUGGAAUCAGACCCAUUCGAGUGGUUGCAAGCAGGCUCCAUACUGGGCGAGAUCGAGGACGAAGGUACUGCAAACGGUUCCGCCCAUCCUAACGGCACUUCAACGGAGAAGGACAAGAAAUCUCCAGCACCGGCGUACGUCGACGAAGAAAAGUACAUCAUCUCAAAUUCUUCUACCGUCGUCAUCCGCGGCAUCGAGCGUUUCGAGAUCCUACUUACUGCCAUGCCCAACAUGACCUCCGAGAUAUCGAUGGUUCUCUGCGAUUACAUCAAGCUCUUCAAUUCGCGACUUUGCCAGCUCAUCCUGGGUGCCGGCGCCAUGCAUAGCGCCGGGCUGAAAAACAUCAACACCAAGCACCUUGCCAUUGCUUCACAAACUUUAUCCUUCAUUAUAGCGCUCCUGCCCUACCUCCGCGAAUGUGCACGCCGCCACUCAACAGCAAACAAAUCCACUCUGAGUGAAUUCGAUAACGUGAAGCGUUUACUACAUGAUCAGCAACAGUCCAUCCACGAGAAGCUCAUUGACAUCAUGAGUAAUCGUGCAACUGUGCACGUGCGAAACCUUAAGAAAAUCGAGUGGGACGCUGAAGCGGAGACGAAGAAAGACAUCAGUCCAAACAUGGAGACGCUUACUAAGGAGACGGUCACACUGCACAAGGUGAUCAACAAGUAUUUGCAUGAGAUGCAGGUCAGAAUGAUCAUGGCGCCUGUCUUUGAGAGUUAUCGCGAUCAACUCGGCAAGGUUUUGAAGGAAGCCUCGGUCAAAACGGACCUUGGUCGACAAAGACUUCUUCGUGACGCGAAACUCUUCGAUGCGAAACUCAAACACAUCGACGGUGCUGGCAACACUGGCACGUACCUUAUCCAACUUGUUGAGGGGAAGGCGGUCGCGCCAAGCGAACCUGCAGGCAAGAAGAGCGAUGAGGCGAAAGAUGAGGGACAGCCAGAUACCGCAGCAGUCGAAUCCAGCGAACCAGCAUCUUGA